AUGGAUCAAUAUAAUGCUAAUUGGAGGUGGGUUUUUGAGUUAGCUCAAAUUCUCAACAAAACUUGGUUAUAUUUUGAAGAGACCGAGACAUAUCUAAAUAUGGAGAAGGGUCUCGGAGGUCGUUGUAGGUGUGGUCCGGAAGUUGAUGCAUCCACUUUUUAUGUUGAUCGAGAGACAUCCACUACCGUAAGGUAUCCUAUGUGCCAAUCGAUGAGAGUGAAAAAUUACAAGCCUCCGGCUACCCAAACUUAG